AUGGGACCUUUUAAGAAGUACUAUAAUGACGAAAUAAGACGAUUUAUGCGUGAACAGGGCAGAAAAGUUACACAUUUUGAUAUCGUAGGACUAUUUACUAAGGCUUAUUUGAGGGUUCAAACUAGACAAAAUGGUUUUAAAGCCACAGGGAUUUAUCCGUUUGACAAACAUAUUUUCACAGAUGCAGAUUUUAUAGCUGGGAACUCAUCAUCAUCAGAGGAUCCAGUUGAAACUAUAAAUUCAACGACAGAAGAAACCCCAGGCGGAUCAACCAUGAAAUUCAAGCAAGCACAAGCCGAGCACUCGUUACUCCCUGGGAAAUAUCUCCACCACCAAAGCUACGAGAUCCUCCACCUAAUCGGAAAGGCCGGAAAACAAAGGCAACUGUUUUAA